GGUAAAAGCACCUCAUCCCCCUGCAUAUACUAACACUGCAAAACUGAAAAGGGUGAUAGCAAACUACAAUGAGGAUUGUGUACAUGGCAGCUGUUAUGUUUUUGGUUCUUGCAACCAUGUCUUCUACCUCCCCAUCAUUCUGCCAAGCUGGGGGCUGCAUCGGCUGCCCACGGGCUCCACCACCGCCGUCCGAUGAGACAUGCUACGAGGACCUCAAGUGUUCGGCUUCGAGGUGCCACCUGGGUUGCAUACACAGGGGCUACAAGGGUACGGGUUCGUACUGCCGUGGGAGGGACUGCUGCUGCAAACAUUGAUGCACCGUAGUGCAUCUAUGCAUUUCAUGACCAUACAAUAAACCUAGAUGUGUAUCCUUUGCCUCCGACGACUAUAAAUGAAAUGAAAUACUACUAAGGUUCAGCA